AUGAGUGCUGUUCCAAGAAUUGCCAUCAUUGGUGCGGGUCCUAUAGGUUUAGGAUUUGCCAAGGCUAUUGCAGCUGAACCAAACGCCAAGGAAAUAUUCAAAACCAUCGAUGUCUUUGAGAGACGUCCACAAGCAGGUGGUUUGUGGAACCAUACCGGUGAUAAGUCCAACGUGACUUUUUCCUUAUCUGAAUCAAAGACUAAUCCUAGAGCUUUGAAAGUUACAGAUAAUGACCCCCAUCUAUCUCCAAUGUACAAGUAUACUGAAACCAACAUUGUCAAACAGAUGAUGAGAUACAAGGAUUAUCCAUUACCUGAAAACUCAAACACAUUCCCAAAUAGAACUGAAGUUUUAAACUAUUUGGUGGAGUACCAGAAAACAGUACCUGACUUUGUUAAUUUCAAAUUCAACUCUAAAGUUUCAUCUUUGCUGAAAAACCAAAAUAACAAUACUUGGGAAAUCAAGCUAAAGGACAAUUCCGACUCUUUAGUAUACGAUAAAGUUAUCCUUGCCCAUGGCCAUUUUGAUACUCCGUUUGUUCCAAAAACCGAAGGACUCUUAAACUGGUUUAAGAAUGACCCAACCUCUGUCUCUCACGCCAAGUAUUAUAAUGAUGUCGAUAACUAUAAGGAUCAAAAGGUGCUGAUAAUCGGUAAUUCCGCCUCUGGUAUUGAUAUUUCUACUCAGUUGUUAACCGUUGCCAAAAGUAUCACAAUGUCAUGUGCAACUGAACCAAUGUUUAAGGGAAUUGUCGAAGACCAAACCGAACAAGUCGAUCGUAUUGUUAAGUACGAUUUUGAAAAUAAUAGGUCUGUUGUAACAGCAUCUGGUAAGGUCAUUUCAAAUAUUGAUAAAAUCCUAUUCUGUACUGGUUACCUAUAUGAAAUCCCAUUUUUGAAAUCCUACAUGUCUGGUCCAAACGCUGUCAUUACUGACGGUUCCAACUUGAAGCAUCUCUACAAGCAGCUGUUCUACAUUCCAGAUCCAUCGCUUGUAUUGGCGGGUAUUCCAAAGUCAAUUAUUCCAUUCCCAUUUGCCGAAGCCCAAGGUCAAUAUGUGGCUAGAAUUCUAUCGGGUAGACUGCAGCUUCCAUCAACUGAAGAGAUGAAUGCAGACUAUGCAAGAGAAGUUGCUGAACGUGGUGAAGGUUCCAGCUUUCACAUUAUGGGCAACUUAAAAGAUGCCGAAUACUGCAAUGAAAUGUAUGAAUUGGUCCAGAGCACAGCUGAUGAAGGCUUUGUUGCAUCCUACUGGGAUGAUCAUAUGAAGGACCUCAGAGUGAAAACGCUAGAAUUAAAGAAGCAAAGAUUCCAUGAUUUGAUAAAAUAUGCUAAUGAUUUAAGAUCAAAGGGUUUACCAUUUGUCUCCUUAAAACAAGAUACAACUACUGUAAAUUAA